UUAAUGGCGACGUCUAGCGUUGUCGUGUCCAGUGUGAGAAAAUAAUGUUUUCCGGAUCCGUAUCACGAUCGUGUACGAAAAAGUGUUAACAAAAGUAACGAUAAACGUAAUCGAAUUCAGUGUUAAAGUAAAAGAGUAGUCGCGAUAAUGGACCAAGCACCUACAGAUAUAGAGUUACGGAACAUCAUAGACAAACUGGCACAGUUUGUGGCUCGCAACGGACCAGAGUUCGAGCAGAUGACGAAAAACAAGCAGAAGGACAAUCCAAAAUUUGGUUUCCUGUUUGGUGGAGAGCACUUCAACUACUAUCAGUACAAAGUGACUACAGAGCAAGCCAUUUUAAAGCAAAAAGGAAUAAAUCCAAUGCAAAAUGCAGACCCACGUUUAAACGUUUCGCAGCAGCAGCAAACAACCGCUACGGUCGCGCAGCCACUGAAUAACGUCAAUCUUGCACCUGGCCUAAAUACUCAAAACAAUGGAUUAAAUCCAGUUGUGGGAAUUGGACCAGUGGGAAAUCAAAGUGGUCCAGUUAUAGCUGGAGUACCAGGACAAAUUGGAGGACCAGGAAAUGCAGGACCACCAAUUGGACCAGUCCCUGGUGCUAUGGGUGGUGUGAAUCCAUCUAUUGGUGCUGUUACUCAAUCGGUUAACAUUGGAGGACCUCCUGGAUGGCUUCAAAAUGAAUUAGCAAACCUUCAGUCACAGCAAACAACGCUACAGGAACAAAUUAGACAAUCAGAGCAAAAUUUGGCUGCGCAACAUGCUGCAUUGAUGGCACAACAGCAAGGAAGGGUUGAGGAUGCUGUGAGGCAAGCUCAAGAAACAGCGUUACAGAAUAAUGCACAGGGCACAAACACAGAUCUUGCUGCUUUUGAUGCAGUGUUACAACCUAUCAUUGAUAGCUGCACAAAAGAUAGCAUAAGUGCAGGGAAAGCCUGGAUACUUCAAAAUUCGGUUACUCCGCAAAGUAAUCAAGUUGUUGCGGAUCAUUUGCUGAAGAAGGUCAUUCAAGCAACAAAUUUUAGUCAUAAACUCCAUAUUAUUUACCUGGUCAAUGAUGUCUUACAUCAUUGUGCAAGAAAAAAAUCUAUGGAUCUUCGCAAGGCAAUGGAAAGUGUUGUUGUUCCCAUGUUCUGUAACACUUCAUUAGCUGCAUCAGAAGAACAACUUAAUAAAUUAAAUAAGCUAUUAAGUUUAUGGGAGUCAAAAAAUAAUUACUUUGAUGAAGGAAUUAUAGAUAAAUUGAAACAACCAAGUACAUCUUGGUCUGAAUAUCAGGCUAACCUAGUUGCACAGCAUGCCAGCGCAAUUACACCGAUCACCACGUCAACGAAACAAACCUUUGAUAAUUAUCAAGCACAACAUCAAGCAUUUGUUACGCAUGCUUUGAGACAAAUUCAAAAUAUCGAACAACAAAAGAUUGCAAUUGAUCAACAAUUGAAAGCUCCCCCUCCGCCACCGCCGCAAUUGAAUCAACAAAACAUGUCUAUACCACCUAGUCAUUCCGGUCCUCCUGCUCCGAUAAGCACAGACGUAAAUUUCAGUCAACCGCCACCUGGAUGGGGUGUACCACCUGGAAACGAACCACCACCAUUUUCAAAUGUUCCAUUGCCAGAUUUUUCAAAACCUCCGCCUGGAUUUGGUCCACCACCUGUUAUACACGAACCCUCCGUUGAAGAUUUAAUGCCCAGUAUGCCUUAUUACGAACUUCCUGCUGGCUUGAUGGUACCUCUGAUCAAGUUGGAAGAUGCUGAAUAUAAACCUUUGGAUCCAGAAGCCAUUAGGCUUCCACCACCUGCUCCUCCAAGUGAACGAUUAGUAGCGGCUGUAGAAGCGUUCUAUGCACCACCAAAUCACGAUUCUCCGCGAGAUAGCGACGGGUGGGAAAAAUUAGGUUUAUACGAAUAUUAUAAAGCGAAAAAUGCCGCGCGUAAACGUAAAGAAGAAGAUAUAGCAGCUGGUAUAAGGCAAAAAUCAAAAUCGCCAUCGCCAAUUCUAAGGCCAAGAUCCAAAAGUCCUAGUCCACCAAAGAAACGAUAUCGAAGUAAAUCUCGAAGUAGAUCACGCUCAAGAUCUAGAGGUAGAAGCAGAUCUAGAUCACCUGCUGCUAAUCACAGACGUAAUAGUCGCAAUAACAAUCAUAAUAACAGAAACAGAAGAAGGAGGAACAGCAACAAGGAUCGAAGUCCAGAUAGGAGGAUGGACAGGCAGGAUCGAAGUCCAACUCCGCCCAGUUUCCUCGGAUCAACUUACAGUAAAGCUCCUCAAGAAAUUAGUCUCGAUGAGAGUAACAAAGGUCAUCAGUUGCUCAAGAAAAUGGGUUGGGCUGGUGCCGGACUUGGUGCCAAUGAACAGGGUAUUGAAGCUCCAAUAUCGGGGGGUGAAAUUAGGGAUAAAAACGAUCAAUAUAAAGGCGUUGGUAUUAAUCUAAAUGAUCCAUAUGAGAACUUCAGAAAGAGUAAAGGACAAGCAUUUAUAACUAGAAUGAAAGCAAGAGCGGAAGAACGUGCCGAAGAAAGAGGCGAACGGGACUGAAUAUAAUCGGGAUAAAUAAUUAAUUUGUUUUUAAUUCUUUCGAUGAAAUAUAAUUAUCGCAUGCAGUAUAAAUUAUCGAAUGCUCCCACAACUGUAGUCGACACGACAAGCCUGUUUUAACAGCCAGUCUUUUACAAUUCUGUAGCAUGAUUUGUAUAAUAAUCUAUUUCAAUAUCUUUAUAAUUUCUUUCAAUUUCUGUUAGAAUAACAGAACAACACUUUAUGUCCAUUCUCUACAUUUCAUUAUGUUAACGUUAUACAGUAUGAUUGUUUAUUGCUGAAAUUGCAAAGUUUGAACUAUAUAUACCAUAUAAUUUUAUAUUGUUAUUAGAAGCAACAAUUUUAUAUUUUUAAUUACUUUAAAAAAACGAAAAUAAUAACGAGAAAAAUAAUAGUAUGUCGAUCAUUCGUGGGUGCAAAAUACAUUUGUAUAUUUGCAAGUGAAUAGAACAUUGCGGGUAAAUGAUGAAAACUAUAAACAAUUGUUUAUAAAGAUAAUUAUUUGUCAAUUUAUAAAUAAGACUAGAACUGCGUGAGUUUAUGUACCAAGAAUGGCUGUUAUAUAUUAAAUCCAAUUUUCAUGGUACAUGACAAAAAGGAAAAAAUACAAUUUUAUGUAUCUCUUGUACAUUAUGUACAAAACUAUUCGAUUACAAGGUUACCGAUUAAUAAUAACAGAUGAUUUGUCUAUUGAUAAUUUGAGAUAUAUUGAUGAAAAUAUAAACCGAGCAUACCAAAAGGACGACAUUAAUCAACGCGAUUAAUGUUUAUCGUCAGAUUACGUAUUAAUUGUAUUCCACGACAAAAAAAAAGAAAAAUUCAUUCUGCUCCUAUAUGAAAUGAUGAUAAACUGAUUUUCUGAAUGUCUAUAAGAGAAUAAGAGGACCUCUAUCGUGCACUCAUCAUUCGCACGUGAAAAGAAAACAUGAAACUAAAAAAACGUACUUGUAUUUAGUAAGUUAAUAAAUGAUUAUAUUGGAUACAUAAGAGUAAAUCGACGAAUAAAUACGGUAUGUUUAAACGCAACGAUCAACGGAAAAAAGAGAAAAGAAUUGUAGUAAAAAUAAGCGAAAGAGGGGAAGAAUUAUCGUAAUUAGAAUUAACACGUACUGAAUGCAUGCUGCUGACGUAUGCUCUGCAGAAAAUCAUGAAAGAUGCUGUAAAAGAAAAUUAAUUUAGUCGAUUUAGAGAUAUCCCAGAAUAAUAACAUUCUUAAAUUCUUUUUAUAUUGAGUAGAUUUAUCGUCGGUUAUCACGUGCACGCGGAUUGAAGGAAAAAUGAAAAAUCUCGAUAACUGGUUAGAGACAGCUCGACAUCCGAUGGCCAUUGUUAAUCGUCAGUUGCCUUCUUGAACUUCCCCAGCAGUAGUCGAUAUCGAAACCGAAUAAAUCCAACGUCAAACCGGUUUCACAGCGAUAACAGUCUGAAGCUACACACUUGGUGGCGUAAACAAAGCCGGUAAGAUGUGUGCGUUCACAGUAGCUAUCCUAUAAGGUCACUCUCAGUUUUAAUAUUUAUUUUAUAUCACGUGAUAUU